UUUUGCUCUAAAUUAAUGUUUAACGUGAAGGCAACAACCGAAAAUCCAGAACGUUAUAGUCGUUUCUACAGAUGGUUAUACUUGCUACCAGGAGAAAAAUUUAUAUCCCAUUCUAUAUAUAAGCCUAUCGAUUGUACCGAUAUUAAAGAAAGUGGCAUAAAUUCAUCAGGAAUUUACAGUAUAUGGCCAGUAUCACAUGCUGAAGGUUUUCAAGUGUAUUGUGAUAUGGAUACCGAAGGCGGAGGAUGGACGGUUUUUCAUAGGAGAAUUUCUGACGAAAAUUCUACGAAUUAUUUUCGUGAAAUUUGGGAAGAUUACUCUUUGGGUUUCGGUGAAUUGGAUAGUGAUUUCUGGUUAGGCAAUGAUAAACUGACAGCGAUAACCAGUCAAGGAAAUUACACAAUGAGACUCGAUAGAGAAAUUAAAGGCGGAUUCGCUUUUCAUAAUUACAUGGAUACAUUCAAAAUUGGAAAUGAAUACGAGUUAUAUCGAUUAUAUUUAACCAAUCCCUAUAAAAUUUACGUGCCUAAUCUGUCGGGCUAUACAAAUUACCUAAAUUUUAGCUCGUUCGAUAGCGACAAUGAUUUUUUAGAAGACCUGAACUGUGCUGAUGUUUACAAAUAUGGUUGGUGGUUCGAUGGAUGUUUAAACUUCGACAUAUAUUUUCAAGGGAAAGAUUACAUCGAUGUAAUUAAGAAUACUCCGUUGCAUCAAUAUAUGUACAAAAUGGAAGCGAAGAUAAGACGUAAACCUUGUACUAAUUGAUUUGAUUCUUUCGGAAAUUUUAAUUUCAAAAUAAA